AUGUUACCAGACAGCCACCCCACGGAGACGUCCCCACUGCUGGGAUCACAGGAAAAUGGCAAAGUACCCCAGUCGUCCACCAUAGGCAUCCCGAACAGCGGCCUGAAUGGCCCACCAUACGACGAAGCAGCACAGCAUGCGGGCCAUACGCACGCCACAGAAGAAGAACAGGCAAAAGGGGUGAUUGAUGCUAGAUCGCAGCUUAAGUAUAUUCUUCCUGCUGUUUCAGUCGGGAUCUUCUUAUCGGCAGGAGACCAGACAAUCAUCAUGGCCAGCUAUGGACAGAUCGGUAGUGAUCUUCAAGCUCUGAAUCUGACCAGUUGGAUUGCGACUUCAUACUUUCUCACAUUGACAUCGUUUCAGCCUUUGUAUGGGAAGUUGAGCGAUAUCUUUGGCCGAAAAGCAUGCCUGUUAUUUGCAUAUGCGAUCUUCGGCACCGGUUGCUUGUUCUGCGGUCUCGCCCGGAAUAUCAAUGAUCUUAUUGCUGCUCGUGUUUUCCAAGGUAUAGGAGGCGGCGGCAUGACUACUGUUGUUAGUAUCCUGAUGAGUGAUCUUGUUCCCCUUCGGGAUAGAGGCCUCUGGCAAGGUAUCAUCAAUAUCAUCUAUGCCACUGGUUCAGGAACUGGUGCACCUUUAGGUGGUCUCUUGGCUGACUAUAUUGGUUGGCGUUGGGCCUUUCUCGCACAAGUUCCUCUUUGUAUUCUAGCUUUUGCUGCUGUGGCUAUUGUGUUGCAGCUUCCAACCCAGGAAGACAGUCAUUGGAAAGACAAGUUGCGCCGUAUUGACUUUUUAGGAGCCAUCGUGCUUAUUGGUGCAGUGUUUGGGCUGCUGCUUGGCCUUGAUCGAGGGAGCAAUGUGUCAUGGACCAUGCCUUUGACUAUUGUUUCCUUAAGCGUCUCAGCGAUACUGUUUGUUUCAUUUGUCUUCGUUGAGAUCUAUCUUGCUUCUGAGCCUUUCGCACCAGGCCAUCUCAUCUUUGACAGGACAUUGUUUGCUUGCUACAGCUGCAACUUUUUCAGUUUUGGCGGUUGGCUCGCCUGCCUUUUUUAUAUCCCCCUCUACUUUCAGGCCGUCGAUGGUGUGUCCGCCACCGUUUCUGGCCUACGACUUCUGCCGUCUAUUUUGGCAGGCGUUAGCGGUUCCUUGUUUAGUGGGCUCGUAAUGAGAUGGACAGGACACUACUACUGGCUUACCGUUGCUGCAUACGCAUCCUUGACGCUUGGAGUAACUACAAUUUCCCUCUUCUCUGGGCUGUUCACUGAAAGCACCACCGUCAUAGUCUUGGGUACGGUAGCAUCGGCUUUCGGAAACGGUAUCGGCGUCACCACCACAUUGAUUGGUCUAAUCUCGAAUGCUUCACCUGAAGAUCAGGCCGUGGUCACCGCUUGCUCGUACCUGUUCCGGUCUCUGGGAUCAGUGAUCGGCCUCUCAUUCUCAUCGACAGUGGUUCAGCAACUGCUUCGCAGUCGCCUGAGAUUUGCGUUGCGCGACAGCGGGGAUAUUAACCGCAUCGUGAAGGGAGUCCGACAGAGCCUGGACUUUAUCAAGACACUUGAUCCGGCCGUCGCCAAGCUCGUGCGAGGUUGCUAUGGAUGGGCAAUGAACAAGGGUUUCGCCUUUAUGAUUAGCAUCGUUUUCUGUGCCUUUUUUAGCAGCCUUUUCAUCCGCGAGAAAAAGCUCAACCGCUGA